CAGAAUUCCUGUCACUGCUCGAAAUCGAUCCGAUCUCCGCUCGCGCUGAAGCCUGAUCUCCACCGGGUUCGCAGCAGGGGCGCAGGACCUCGAUCACGAGGAGGCAGGGGAGCAGCAUCCACAACCACAAGCCAUGGCGGGGAGGGCCAACAUCCCCACUAACAACUCCGCCCUCAUCGCAAUCAUCGCCGACGAGGACACCGUCACUGGCUUCUUGAUGGCCGGCGUUGGCAAUGUUGAUCUGCGCAAGAAAACCAACUACCUCCUCGUCGACAACAAGACGACAGUUAAACAAAUCGAGGAUGCGUUCAAAGAAUUUACUACGAGGGAGGAUAUUGCUAUUGUGCUCAUCAGUCAGUAUAUUGCCAACAUGAUAAGGUUUCUGGUGGAUAGCUACAACAAGCCCGUCCCUGCUAUUCUGGAGAUCCCAUCCAAGGACCAUCCAUAUGAUCCAGCGCACGACUCUGUGCUCUCUCGAGUGAAAUAUCUGUUCUCUGCAGAAUCGGUGGCGUCUGAUAGGCGAUGAAGGCAUCCUUGCGUAGCAGUACCCUUCGAUGCAUCUAUUUUGUUAUGGUAUUGAAAAGAAGAUGGCACGUACCAUUGGGUGCGAGCGAGCCAGCAUGAAUAAUAAUGAGCUUGCAAACAAUGAUUGGUUGAACUAAACCAACACAAUUUUUUUUCAUAAAUGGUUCGAAUGAUAUUUUGGUGCUUGUGUUUGAUUGGUUAUUAGGGAAUAAAAUGCGAUUGUUAUGACGAA